AUGGCGCUCACACUCUUGCUCCGUCUUCAUUCUGAUUCAUUCCCAGCGGAUCCACAGGCUUCCAGUGACAUAACUGAUUACGACUCCAUGUUCUCUGGAAAAGUCUCGGCCCAACAGCCCAUCAUAUGCUUCAUUAUGGCCAUGCAGUGUAUUAUUAAUGGCUUUAAGGAUAUUACAAAUAAAACUAUAGAAAAUGGACAGCCUUGUCUAACACAUCACACAUCACUCACACUGGAGUUCCUUCUGUUAGGUUCCUGGGACAAUAGUCGACGUGCUGCAGUGAGCGGCACUCAGAAGAAAGCUUCCGUCAUUGGGCUUCAUCCUGCUCACAGCUACCAGCUGCGGGUACUUGCAGAAAAUUCUGUUGGUAUGUCUAACGCAAGUGACGUCGUGUCUGUUACGACAACAGAAGAAGUACCCGGUGGGCCACCUCGUGAUAUACAAAUCAAAGUGAGAAAUUCGGAGGCCCUGCUUAUCACUUGGAAGCCGCCAGAAAUUCAUCUACAACAUGGUGAAAUCACGGGGUACCAUGUCGGUUAUCGAGUGAGAAAUUCAACAGAUCCUUUCCAUUUUAAGACCUACGAAGUAAUUCCAGGUACAGAUCUGCAAAUAACCUUGUCAAAUUUGCGCAAGUUCACCGAAUACAAUAUCGUCGUGCAAGCUUAUAACAGGGCUGGUGCAGGACCUCGGAGUGAGGAAUACAUUGCUUCAACUGACGAGGACGUUCCUGGAGCUCCUCCAACUGAUGUACAGUGCACUGCUUUAUCAGCGUAUAGCAUUCUGGUUCUGUGGUCACCACCUCCAGUCAAAGAAAUAAAUGGCAUCCUAGUGGGCUACAGAGUUGUAUACCAUGCGCUUUCCAACUGGGAUGAUAUGAUUACCAUGGAUGAACAUACAACAAUAGAGAACAAGUUAGAACUUUUGGAUCUCGUUCCUUUCUGUAAUUAUAGCAUAGAAGUGAAAGCCUUCACACGAAAGGGGGAUGGAGUGCCUAGUCGACCUAUCUUCUGCCGAACACAGGAAGAUGUUCCAGGAGAACCUGAAGACAUUAAGGCACUGGUUAUGGAUUCAAGAACAAUACUAUUGUCCUGGAGAGCUCCUAAAUAUCCGAACGGAAGAAUUAAGAAAUACAAAGUAUACAUGCGGUCCAUAGAUGGGGUUGGAUUGGACAGGGACCAAUACGAUUUGCCUUCAGAGCAGACCUACUACAGUAUAUCGCAUUUGGAAACUCACCACAGAUACGAAUUCUGGGUAACUGCCUUCACUAUCGUCGGAGAGGGCAAUCCAUCGAGACGAGUGGUACAGGCACCAACCAACCACGUUCCAGCCAGAAUUGCUUCAUUCAGUGAAUCGAUGACGGUGGCAUGGAAGGAAGAGCUUAGACUGCCAUGCUUAACAGUGGGACAACCCGCUCCACUUUUACACUGGACUAAAAGUGGAAAAACUGUCCAAGGAAACAGACAUGUACAGAUCAAUUCUGAAGGCACAGUUUAUAUCAGCUCCGUGCAGAGCACGGAUGCAGGAAACUAUUCUUGUUCAGCAGAAAACGUUUUCGGGAAGGAAGAAAUUGUAUAUUCCGUAUCUGUCCAAGAGAGCAGAAGCAAAGGCAUUCCAUCUGCUCCAACAGACUUUCAAGCAGCUUCUCACUCUACAUCCACCAUCAGCCUGUCAUGGCUGCCACCUCCAUCAAGAGGGAGUACUGUAAAAGGUUAUUAUCUACAUUUCAAAAGAGAAUUUGGUGAGUGGGAGAAGAUAAAGAUCCCUGCUCAUGAAUCACAUUUCACUUUAAAAAAUCUCCAGUGUGGUACCAGACAUCAGUUCUAUCUUCAAGCAUUUAAUCAGCUAGGUCAGAGUUCUCCAACCCCUACAAUAUCACAGCGGACUCAAGGUUCUGCUCCAGUAGCACCUAACAUUUUUGACCUCAUACAUGUCAAUUCAACCUCAAUUUCUCUAAAUGUUUCGUCAUGGGGUGAUGGUGGCUGCCCCAUUACAUCAUUUGUAGUGGAGUAUAAAUUGAAACAUGGAGUGGACUGGACAUUGGUGUCAAAUAAUGUCAAGUUUGACCAAACAGAAUUUUUGGUGCUUGACUUGAAUCCAGAGACAUGGUAUACACUUCGAAUGACUGCACAUAAUAGUGCUGGAUCAACUAUCUACAAAUAUGAUUUUGUAACUCUUACUCAUUCAGGAGCUAUUGUUGCUCCAGAGCUAAUUGUUCACUCUGGUUAUGGGCAAGGUAGUUUACUGAAUGAUUUAGGAAUAAUAAUACCAACAGUGGCUGCCUUAGUAAUCAUAGUUGUUUCUGGUGCUGGAUUUUUCUUGUACAUGAGGAAAAAACAGGAAAUGUUUCAAGUGAAUAAAUAUGGAGAGAAACCAUCAGAGAUAGGACUUGUACCUGAUGUUGGGAAGGUUGGAGGAUGUGAAUCUGAUACAACUGCAGGAGGCAGUAAUGGCUGUAGUGGAAUGAUGAGCUCAAGUCCACAUGAAUCAGUCUGCUUGCCCACACCAAUGCGUGUGUCAUUGGGACGCAGGCAAGAUAUUAGUCCAUAUGCAACUUUCCAGGUCCCCAAUUCCAUGGGGAGUGAAGGCGCAGUGGAAGGUGUCCCACUCACUAUGGACCAUUGCCCUCAGGGUCAGCCUCUGGAAGGAGUCAAUGUUGACAUAUACAAGUAUGGCAGCAGUGCAGAUUCUGUCUACACAAAAAUUUGUAAAACAUCACAGUAUGAUGAUGAUGCUGUGGACUGGAUCCCACUUCACAGUUUGUACAAAUCCCACAGGUACUGACAUUAAACUGUUUUGUGGCAAGCAGGCCUCUGUCUUCCAAACCAUUUCCUCCAAUUUGUGACAUUUGCAUACAAACAAAUGAGGAGGAGUUUAUGGAUUUAAUGGUCUACAAUACAUUCAAGUGCCUUUUUCUAAAAUUUUGUGAGUACAGUUUUCAAGUUGCCAGUCAAAAGAAAAUAUUUCCUCAGCUACACCUUAAGUGCCCACUGUGUACAAGUGCUUGAGGCUUCUGCACCCUCAAUGUAAUGCAGUACACUGAAGCACAAUAACUGGAAGAAUAAUGUGAGAAACAUAUACAUGCAAAGGCUUAAAAAUAUGUGUCAAUUUCUCAGUGUUCCCUUCCAUUUGUAUGGCAUACAUUUCAGAAUAAAUGCAUGUGGAAUAGCUGGAAAA